GAGUCACCAACUUUUCAGUUGAUUCUGAACUAUUAAGCGUUUUUCCUUUUAUAUAAUCACUGUAAGGUGACAAAUUACUUGCAAAACAAAAUAAAAUGGCAAGUUUCGACAGCCAAAGGUGGUCUCUAAAAGGUAGAACAGCACUUGUUACAGGUGGAACCAAAGGCAUUGGAUUUGCCGUUGUAGAGGAGCUUGCAGGACUUGGGGCAACCGUACAUAUGUGCGCUCGAAACGGAGAACUGCUCCAUGAGAGGAUUCAAGAGUGGAAGAGUAAGGGGUUUGAAGUGAGUGGCUCAGUUUGUGAUCUCACAUCUAAAGAUCAGAGGGAGGAGCUCAUAAGGACUGUCUCAUCUGUUUUUGAUGGCAAGCUUAACAUUCUUGUAAAUAAUGCUGGAACAGUUACUCUUAGGAAUGCUACAGAUUAUACUUUAGAAGAUUUCUCAACUAUGAUGAGCACCAAUGUAGAAUCUCCCUUCCAUCUUUGCCAACUUGCACACCCUCUCUUGAAGGCCUCAGGAAAUGCAAGUAUAGUAUUUGUCUCCUCAGUUGGUGGUAUGAAAGCUCUACCUAAAACAUCUGCCUAUGCAGCAACCAAGGGAGCAGUGAUCCAGAUUGUUAAGAAUUUGGCAUGUGAAUGGGCAAAAGACAACAUUCGCACAAACUCUGUGGCUCCAUGGGCUGUCAACACCGGAGUUAAACCCGACUCUGAUGACCAUUCGGAUGAUUACAGACGGCUAAUAGGUCGAACUCCCAUCUGCCGCCCUGCACAGCCUAAUGAAGUUUCAUCGUUGGUGACUUUCCUUUGCCUUCCGGCUGCUUCUUACAUAACUGGACAAGUCAUUAGCAUCGAUGGAGGAUUUACAGUUAGCGGUUUCUAGCGUACUCCCAGAAUUUAAUUUUUAAAUAAAUUCCAAGGGUCAUGGUCAACCACUCUAAAGUAAAAUGAAAUGUUGUUGACUUAAUAUUUGUGUAAAUUUUAAUUCAGUUUACGAGAAUAAAGUUUAUGCCUCAGUUGGGUUUGUACUUCUUUUGUUUCCAUAAUCCGACAAAUAUUCAAUUUACGAGAAUAAAGUUUAUGCCUCAUUUGGGGUUGCACUU